CUCUUCCUUCGGAUCUGUCAUAGUGCAUAGACCUUUGCUCCAAGACUGCAGGGACUCUUAGAGUGUUCUUUGCUCCCAAACCUUGAUGAAUUGCUUGCUUUAAACCUGAGUAAAUGUAAACAGGCUUUGACAUCUUUUUAACAGCAUAUGUACAUACUGAACAUUGCGCUAGCCAAUGUGUGUGAAGUGGGAGGGGAAAGGAACUCUAGUACUUGGAAUUUGUGUUUAAAGACUGUUUCAUUACUUCAUUUUAACUUUUGCAAUUUUUACCCCUUAUUUAAACUAUACUAAUGCUAAUGUUUAAUGUAGCUUUUCUCUAAGACAGAGUAAAAGCCUAACACUUUUUCUGGUAGAAAAUAAAUUUCAGCUUUUUAUUUUAGAGUUGGUUUCAGAGAUGUGUUUACUUGCAGUUACAGUUUCAGAGAUGGUGUUUACUUGCAUUUCUCACUGGCCAGAGUGACUUUUCUCAAUUGCAUGAGCCAAGAUUUGCUGCUUCAGUUGCCUUUUGAGCAUGGUUGUUUUUCAGAUGUGUAUCUAUAGCUUAAGUUGUUAAAACCAAAAUAUUUUGAUCCUCUUCUUGUCCAGUGUUGCAGCUUCUGAGACCUCUUAGGUGUGUCCUAACUUCAGUCUAAAUUAUGACCACGGCUUGUUUAGGCAUAUCCAUGCUACCUUGAAAUUAGUGAUCUUGGGUACUGAUAGCAGCAGCUGCAGGGCACCCCACAUAGCAGGUGGCUUCAGUGUCUUUUUACACCUUUGAGAUAGCGCUCUUGGUACGUGCAGAGUAAAUUUGUGCAAGAUCAGUGCAGGUGUGUAUCUAAUUAAACUGUAAUAAUAGUCUGACCGUUAGUGUUAAAUGUGUGCUCACCUCUUAAUUUACUUGUGUGGGACUCUCAAAAUCCUGUCUUGACUGCUGUUUUCGCAGAUCUUUGUACUGGCCACCUCUUUGCAGGUUGGUUGGGAUGAGUUGGUUGGUUGGGUUUAUUUUCUAAUCAUACGGACUUUCCAGCUCCUGAACAGUUGGGCUGCUGUGGCUCCGUUAAUAAAGUGCAUAAAGAGAGGGGAAGCUGAACUCGCAUAGUCAGAUAAACAGAAUGUGUGUUCUGGGAAGGAAUACCAUAACCCAAGUUUCCAGUUAUAGCAGUCUUAGCUGCAACUUGAUGUAUGUUAAGGUGUUUUUAGGUUGUGGUACUGUUUUCAAUAGCAAAAUAUUGUGUUACGUAUACUAAAAACUGUGGGCAAGAUUGUGAUCUAUGUUUUAUCAAAACACCUCUGAAUAUUCUAACAAUUUCUGUUCUUGUAUGUAUUGUGAUUGUAUCAGAAAAGAUGGGAUUUAUGGGACUAAAAUAAUGAGAUGUUUAUUGGAAUAUUCUUAGGAUUUUGUUUUCAGUAUAUUAUUAGCUAACAACUCGGGUUUUCCAUUGUGUAGUGCAUAUAGGUGGAGUCUCCAGAGUAACAUGUAUUUUGGAUUGGUUUAGGUUUUUUAUUUUCUUUCUUCAGAGCUGUUCUGAAAUUGUUGGCAGAAAAUGGCACUGGUUAAUGUGUUGCUUUUUGGAUCAUGUUCAGCUAUUAUUGGAGGUGUUCUGGUUCAGCCCAAUUACCAGUUGACUGGUAAUUGUAUCAGUUCAGACCAGAGAAGACAUAGCAGCUAAAAAAGUCUUUGAAAUGAGUGGUUCAGGACUAGUAUAUAAUAUAGUAGUUCAGCAGUCCUGGAACAGUAUUAUACCUGUCUUGACAUCCUUGCUGAAAAUAAUGUGCUUUGUGCUGUCCCAACAAUUCUUUGCACUUUUUUCUCUAUCUUUUCAGUCUGAAGAAAAGGUGUAGCAUUGCACUACACUGCAUUUGAAUCACAAGCGGUGUUAAUGCGCUUGAAAACUGUGAUUGGUGCUCCCCAGUUAACUAGUCCCAUGUAGUGCAUAGAAGUACAGAAACACAAGCGUGUAGGCUCACUUAGAGUGUGCCACUGGGAUUGUUGGGAAAGAACUCCGGCUGGUGGGAUCCAGGGAGCAGCAUGUACGGGUGCCUCGGGUGGUACUGGAGGCAGGUCUCUGCUGCAGGUUGCCCUGAGUCAGCACAUGGGGUAAUGCUGUAUGUUGAAUAUGAGGCAAAUAAAAAAGAAAAGCAAGUAGAGAAGGGAAGGAGAAAAUGAAUGAAUUGAUGGAGAUGUUUGAAUAAGAUUUGCUAUCUUAAGAGGUAAAUGAAUGUUGGAGUUGACUACUUUGGGUGUUUCUUAAUAAAAACAUAUGGUCCCGUUUAUUUGUAAUAUUAGUUUAUGUGAACAAGAUACCAUUCCAUUGCUUAACACAAAGGUGUGUUCUUCCAGACUGAAUUGGUAGAAAGUCGUCCUGGUAAAAGCCUGGGGAUAUCAUGUAACCAGGAGAGUUAAAUUGUAUAAAUGUGGUGAUUAUCUUAUUCAUAACUCUGAAUAAUUUCCUUUAAAGGAGAAACAGAAUUAGUUGAGGAAACCUGAGUUGCUAUAGGGUUAUUUCCUUGUGAUCAUAAUCUCCAAUUAUUUCUUAAAUAUUUUGGAUGAAAACCAAGUAGAUUAGUGGUAGUAAAUCCUGAAACUUAGAAACACUGAACUUCUAGCCACAAUAUCCUGAUAGUAAACAAUAACAGUGAUGGUAAAGGUAAGAAUGUGGGUACACUCAAAAGCUGAAUGAACACUAUCUUCCUUUUUUUGAUGUGGACUUGUUCAUGUUUAUUUGUAUUUUAAAUAAGUAAAAAUGCUGUUCUUAUAACUGAGUUUUAAUACUUUGAUAAGUCAAGUAACUUUUUUUAAUUCUGAAUAUAUUUUAUAAUGCCAAUAUGAAAACCAAGACAGAAGGAAACUGCUCAGGAGAUGUGUCAAUAAUGGGCAAUUUGGUGUUUGGGGUGGUUUUUCUGUUACAUCAAAAGUGCCUGCUUUUAGUGUCUUAAGGCUUUCCUUCCUCUUCCAGAAAAUGCUGGGACAGAAGAGAUGAGUACUCCCUUUACUAAGGCCUAAAACUGCCUGUUGAAAAACAAUCCUGACCAGGCAAUAUACGAAUGGCCCAAGGAAGCCAGCAAAUUGAUAUUCAGGUUUUACAUGACCUGCGACAGAAGUUUCCUGAGGUACCUGAAGGUGUUGUAUCCAGAUGCAUGUUACAGAAUAACAAUAAUUUGGAUGCCUGUUGUGCAGUUCUCUCUCAGGAGAGCACAAAGUAUCUCUACGGUGAAGGAGACCUAGGUUUUUCUGAUGAUUCUGGGAUUCCUGGACUACGAAAUCACAUGACAUCUCUUAAUUUGGAUUUGCAGUCACAGAACGUGUAUCACCAUGGAAGAGAAGGAAGCAGAAUGAAUGGAAGUAGGACUCUAGCUCACAGCGUUAGUGAUGGACACCUUCAAACCAGUCAGUCCAACAAUGAACUGUUUCAGCAGGAACCACAGACAGCGCCUGCGCAGGUUCCGCAAGGAUUUAAUGUCUUUGGGAUGGCUAAUACAGUUAGUACUUCUAAUCCAGGACAGCACCUUGGAUUUCACCUAGGCAGCAAAGGAGUAUCUAACUUGUCUCAACAAACGCCCAGAUUCAACCCCAUUAUGGUAACUUUAGCCCCAAAUAUUCAGCCUGGUCGCAAUACCCCUACGUCUUUGCACAUACAUGGUGUACCUCCUCCUGUACUUAACAGUCCACAGGGAAAUUCUAUCUAUAUUAGGCCUUACAUCACAGCUCCUAGUGGUACCGCUCGACAGACACAGCAGCAGCCGGGCUGGGCAUCUCAGUUUAAUCCCAUGCACCCUCAGCAAGUCUACCAGCCUUCGCAGCCAAGUCCCUGGACUACUCUUCCUACAUCCAGUACUACGCCACAUACCUCAUCACAACACUCAACGCAGCCAAAUCAGCAAGGCCACCAGACUUCUCAUGUCUAUAUGCCUAUCAGUUCUCCUACUACUCCACAAGCACCUAUGAUUCAUUCAUCUGGUAGCUCACAAUCCUCUGCUCAUAGCCAAUACAACAUUCAGAAUAUAUCCACAGGACCUCGCAAAAACCAAAUCGAAAUCAAACUUGAACCACCACAAAGAAACAGUUCUUCUAAGUUGCGUUCAACUGGCCCUCGCACCUCCACUACUCCCUCUUCCCUCAACAGCCAGACAUUAAGUAGAAGUCAACCCACUGUUUACAUAUCGGCCAGUCCCCCGAAUACUGAUGAAGUGAUCACACGCGGUCAGCCCAAGGUCUACAUUUCAGCAAAUGCCACAACAGGAGACGAUCAAGUUGUGCGGAACCAGCCCACGCUUUUCAUAUCAACAAAUCCUGGAGUAUCUGCCGCUUCUAGGAAUAUGUCUGGUCAAGUAAGCAUGGGUCCUGCAUUUAUUCAUCACCAUCCACCCAAGAGUCGAGCAGUGGGCAACAGCACCACUGCAACCUCUCCUCGAGUGGUGGUUACGCAGCCUAACACAAAAUAUACUUUUAAAAUUACAGUUUCUCCAAAUAAGCCCCCUGCAGUUUCCCCAGGGGUUGUGUCCCCAACCUUUGAACCUACAAACCUUCUAAACCUUCCUGAUCACUAUGUUGAACCAGAGGGUAUCCAGCAUCUUGCUGACCCUGUUUUAGCACAUGUGGAUAGGAUCAGUGAUGCACGGAAAUUGAGUAUGGGAUCUGAUGAUGCUGCCUACACACAAGCUUUACUGGUACACCAGAAGGCCAGGAUGGAGCGACUUCAGCGAGAACUUGAGAUUCAAAAGAAAAAGUUGGAUAAACUAAAAUCAGAGGUCAAUGAAAUGGAGAAUAAUCUAACACGAAGGCGCCUGAAAAGAUCGAAUUCUGUAUCCCAAAUUCCAUCACUGGAAGAAAUGCAACAGUUAAGAAGUUGUAACAGACAGCUGCAGAUAGACAUAGAUUGCCUAACCAAAGAGAUUGAUCUUUUUCAAGCAAGAGGACCACAUUUUAAUCCCAGUGCUAUUCAUAAUUUUUACGAUAAUAUUGGAUUUCUUGGUCCGGUUCCACCAAAACCCAAAGAUCAGAGGUCCAUUGUGAAAACACCAAAGACUGUUCCAGACACAGAUGAAGAUGAGGGAGCUCAGUGGAGUUGUACUGCCUGUACUUUUUUAAAUCAUCCAGCCUUAAAUCGCUGUGAACAGUGUGAAAUGCCCAGGCAUUUCUGAGCUAACAGGCCCAUUACCUUCUGUAAAACCAUAGCAAACGUUACAAGGAACUAUCCAGUCAUUUGGGGGGGGCAAAAAAAACAUUUAUGCGUAGGAUUUUGUAAAAUUGAAGGUGUGACGAGAUGGUAUUUUGCUAAUGUUAAAUGUCAGCCCACAGAGCUAGUAAUACCUCAGUGUUGUGUCACAGGCAGUUGAAAUCGAUCGGCUGAAAGGUAAUCUGCUGAAAGACUCAGUUGCCAGCUGCCUAAACCAUGUACAGUAUUACCAGUAUCCCAGUAACACACUCCAUGUUCAGUGCUUGGGUGUUGCCCAUCCUCUUCUCUGCCCCAAUGUCACUACUGAAUUUUGACAGGGCAAAGGAAUAGAGCGCUAGUGUUUUUGUUUUCAGAGCUUUCAGUGAAACACUACAUGCACAGAGGAGAUCUAAAAGGAACAAGGUUUAACUGUGUAAACUGUUUGCUGCCAUUUAGUGCCUUCGAUAAAGGGAAGAACUUCACAAAUCAGUGGUACUUUUUGCCUUGUCUUCCCUGAAAACAUCUCUGUGAAGCCACAGUACAAUCACAUCUAAAGAUGAAAAGGAAAAACUGCAUGCGUUGUCUGUACAAUACACACAGUGAAAUACCCCAGAGCUUUUUUCCUACUGUACAUAGCUCUAGAGCCUGCUUUAAGUGAUUUCUUUUCUUCACCUUUAUUAUUUUCUUGUACUUCUGUAUGUAUAGUGUAAUAGUCUUUUUGUUAACUUUCUUUUUUUUUUCCCUUUAAGUGAUUAAGCACGAUCAUGUCCCUUUUUUUUUAAGCUUUUAUCUGAGAGAAGCAAUGCCUUAAAAUAAGAGCAUUAAUAAGAAACUAUGCACAAAAUAGCUUUCCUCUGCUCAUUCUGUACAUUGCUCUUGUAAAUGCUGAUGAUCUGUGAAGACCUGCAGAUGCAGCGUGGUAAAAAUGCAGGAAAAGUUGGAAGAGUUAUGCAUAUAGUUCACUCUGUACACUGAGUUUUACGGUGGGUGACACAAGGUAGCAUUUUGUCUGGCGUGAGGAAACUUUGUACUAAGAAACUUUCAACCCACCAACAGAUCGGCAUCCGAUUUAAGCUUGCUUCAUCUGCUGGGUAUCUUGCAGACUCCUGAAGAGAGAUUCGUUGGGGAAGUACAUACAGUGCCAAAAUCAACAGCAGCAGCAUCGUACAGCUUUGUUCAAGGACUUUAAAUGCUUUCCUGUUUCGGCAGCCGGUUUCUAAACCUGACUUUGUGGCGAAGUCUCAUAUUUAUAGAAAACAAGGAUAGCAAUAUUUAGGACAACUGAAAUAAAGGCUGGAAAAGAGAAAUCAAACAGACUUGAACACUGAAGCAACCUCAAGCAUCUCUUUAUUUUGAUGAUCUAUUUUUUUAAGGAAAAUAUUCACGUGAUCGGGGAUGUAUGUAACUGAAAUCAAGAAAAUGGAAUUCCAGUACAGUAUGCAUGAAAGACGGCACGCAAAGAAUGAUGUAGCAGCACUUAGCGUGAGGCUGGAGGGAGUGCUAACAAUGUAGCAAGAGACAAAAUAGACUGUCACCCACUGUAAACAUUUGCCAGUGGACACUUUUAUUAGGAGUUUUACAAGUGAUCUAUGUGAAUGCACAGAGGCCUUUGUUUUGAAGGCUUUGCAUUUUUUUUUAUGUGGGAAGAAAAUGCCAAUCCCAGGUAAUUAGGCAGUAGACCCAAAGCACUUGCAUUCAAUGCAUUUUGUUUAUAAAAUGAGGCCUUGUUUUUCAGCUUCAUCUGCAGUUCUAUGUGAAGAUUGACAAAUCAGUUUUUACCUGUUUAUUAAUAAAACCUAAUUUGGAUAUCUUGAGUUGAUGGUUUUGUGAUUUAGCUGGGUAAACUGCCUUUGUAACAGAUAAGUUAUUUAUAAAAAUUAAAAAAAAAAAAAUUAUAUUCUAA